CAAUUGUCCAGCAUCAAUUGAAGACAGCGCACUUGCUCCAAAGUUGUACAUGGUCCUUCGAACCGUCAAAGGAAUCAGAAGAAAUCAUUUUAAAGGAAAUUUGGGAUCACGUCCACAGCAUUGAGUAGCUAUUUGGCAUAACAUAAAAUGGAAAAAAGUUCUUCAUCUAGCGUUCCCAAAUGCCGUAUUUGUAAUGACCGACACUUUUUGAAGUCAUGCCCAAGAUUCCUCAGGAUGUCCGUGAUGAAGAGAAGGGACGUAGUAAAGGAAAAGGGGUUUUGUUUUAACUGCCUCUGUACAUCACAUACACGACAUUGGUGUCCUUCAAGGAAGACUUGUAUGGUCUGCCAAAAGAACCACCAUACCCUAAUACAUACAGACGCAACUCUAAAGAACGUCCACCGCGUCCAUGGAUCAGAACCUGUCCGAGAUGGUGACAAAAAAAAACAGCGAAGGCCACCGGGAUCUUUGUCGUCCAACAGGGCAUCGAAACGCUCAUCACCGCCGUCCCAUAGUCGAAAGCCCAAUAUGGAGGAUCGGUUAAGUCGACGGUCAAAAACCCACAUUUUUUUACCUACUGCUCUCACGCGUAUAUUGGCUCAGAAUGGCCCAGAAAAAACUAGGGUUCUUCUGAAUUCUGGUGGUACGCAAACCGUGAUUCUAAAAGACUUGGUGGACCGGUUGAACCUGCGUUCUACUAUAAAGGAGGGCAAAGAACACUGUAUUGUAAAUCUUCAGUCUUACCAGGAUCCCUCUGCGAAGAUCCAAAUAUCCGGGGUUGUCAAACGGCAGUUUAAUAUAGCUCUUCCGACGGAGGUGAAGGAUGAAAAAUUUAAGAAGGUAUAUGACCACUUGAGCGACCUAGCAGACCCAAACUUUUGCUCCCCAAAGAAUAUUGAAAUCAUAAUUGGCAACGAUCAAUUACCCCGAAUUUUAAAAGCCGGCCUUAUACAAACGUCUUCAAGGAUGCCAAUUGCUCAAAGCACUAUUUUUGGAUGGGCCAUCUCAGGCGCCUGCCAAUUUUAAGUUGCAACACUGCAAGCGGCCCGGCAUGUUGAAGCCUGUUCAACAAUCAACUAUCAUUACAAUUUGAAUUAUGAAUUACAUGAAGUCCAGACAUUUUUCCCAGAAACUUAUAAUAUUUUAUCGAAUAUGGCAACCCUUUAUCCAUUGCCUAUAAAAAGGCUGAUAGCUUUCACUCAAUGGAUAAAGGGCAGCCAUAUUACCAUGAAUUCCAUUUCGCCUUGAUAUAUGUAUUUAUGAUGGUUUUAUAUACUUUUUUACCAACCGCCAGUCAAUUGUCCAGCAUCAAUUGAAGACAGCGGUAAGGGCUUGCGGCGU